AUGGAGAAAGAACACGGCGACCUUCUCCCACUGAAUCCUACUCCGGCGGCGGCGACGACGACCGCAGUUAACGCCGGAGAUCAGCAGCCACUGCAGCAGUCAACUCGGUCACGUCCGAAGCGGUUCGUGAAGAACCAAAUACCAGACUCCAUCCUAAACGAUGCAGCACUCAACGCCGCCAUAUCACUUCUACCUCAAAACUACAACUUCGAAAUCCACAAGUGCGUAUGGCGAGUGCGAACUUCAGGUGCCAAGCGCGUGGCACUGCAGUUCCCCGAGGGCCUCCUCAUGUAUUCACUCAUCAUCUCCGAUAUACUCUCCACAUUCACUUCCGCCACUCACUGUUUCAUCCUCGGCGAUGUGACUUUCGGCGCGUGUUGCGUCGACGAUCUCUCGGCAGGAGCUCUUUCCGCUGAUCUCCUCAUUCAUUUCGGCCAUAGCUGCCUCGCAGCAAUUAAUGUUCUCACUUCCAGGAAGAAUCACAUGAGAGAGAGGAUCAUUGCUGAAAGCAGAAUUCAAUAA